AUGUUCAUUCCACGAAAGCCCCUAAAGAAUGUCGCAAGUACUGCACUGGCACCGAAAUACACAGUCAAUGUAAACAGUGAGCCACCAUACCAUUCCCAAACUGCAUACUCGGCCUCAAACACCAAACCCAUCGACGAGUCUACAGCCGAAACUACGAGUCUCACCUCGAAUGAAGCCAAGCCGAAGAACUCCAAACCUAAAACCAGCGAGUACAGCUGGACACUGGAGAUAUGGGCCCUCGUUCUCAGCAUCGCAGCUCUGGUCAUGGUCACCGCACUUCUAUCAGCGUACGAUGGAAAACCACUAUCGAAAUGGUCGUUCUUCUUCACUUUUAACACAAUCAUCUCCAUCUUGGGUACGGUGUCUAGGGUCAGUCUGGCAUUCGCCGUCGGUGCCUGCUUGAGUCAAGGGAAAUGGAACUUGUUCAGGCGCAAGGACGAUUACUUGAUCAGUUAUGAUCGAUUUGAGGAAGCAGGACGCGGCCCCUUGGGAAGCGCCCGUCUUCUAUGGCGCACCAAACAUAGGCACUGGGUGUCCCUUGGUGCGUUGGCAACCGUCGUCUUGCUCGGAUUCGAACCAUUUCUCCAGGCCGUCGUCGAGUUCUACGAGAAGGAAGUCGAUUCAUCAGAGGUGGGCACCAUCGCCUCCAUCGGCACCACAAAGAGACUUGACGUCGGCAAAGCAGGAUUCAGCGGCGAUACGCCUCUCCAAUCCAUAGAAAUGCCGGAGCCAUACACAGCCGUCUCUGUGGAACCAAUGUUUCUCGAAUACGACUUUGGCUCGCUCUCCGCCAUUUGGACAGGGUUCAACAAUCUCAGUACUCCUAGCAGCCAGCAGCCCUCCUUCACCUGCGCGACGGGGAAUUGCACCUGGGCUCCGUAUGCCUCGUUGGCGGUGUGCAGCGCUUGCAACGAUAUUUCCAGCCACUUGGUGAAAUCAACGGGCAUCGCUGCCGCUUCGGACAAGGCUCUCACGGUGCCUUGGUCGAUGCAGAAUGCGAGGUUGAACGCGAGUGAUAAGUUUGCAUACACCAAGUUUGAACUUCCGACGAUGAACUUGAAUAUAUCCAACUUUGAUGACGGUAGCGGGCAGCAGGUCGAGCUCACGGCUCAGACCACAACGCAACCUGGAGACACGCUUUCCUUUCAGGACACGAAGGCUUUGAUCUUCUCGUUCGCCAUGAUGAAAUCAAAGAGAGACACCGCAGGAGGAAAGGCACAAGCCCCUGACGCUAGUGCUCUUGAGUGCGCCUUGUCGUUCUGCACAAAUAUCUACCGCUCGACCGUCACAAAGGGCAUCCUGAAAGAAGAGAUCCUCGGUUCAUACUCGAUUCGAAACCUCGACUCUUUCUCCUACGCCUUGUCUUCGUCACCUCAAACUGUGGAGAAGAUCAAAGUCUACAACAAGAUGUCGAAUUACACCCUCGACUUUCACUCGCUGGGGGACAUGCGACGAACAGAUCUACAGCUCACCCUACCUUCCGACGACAAAGUCGUCGCGUUGAUAGGCCAGAACAACGACCUAUGGUUCAACAUAUCCCAAGCUACCGCGGCGACCUUGUCUAGCGCUUUUGUGGAAAAGUUUGCCAGGCGUUCUGGUUCGAUGGCGUUGAAGCAGCUCGUCUAUCCGACCUUUGAACUGCUUGAGCCCGAACAGCCCUCUGUAAUUACGACUCUCGGUACAGCGCAGAGCCUGUCGUCCACAUUCGAGACCGCUGCCCUCGGAAUGACCAAGUGGAUGCGAGAUGUCUCGCUCCAGACGGAGCCUCACCACGGGACGACGAGAGAGUCGGUGGUUCACAUACGUGUUCGAUGGGCAUUUAUCUCGCUUCCUUUCGGAGCGCUCCUCGGUGGAUGUCUCUUUUGCUUGUUCUCGAUGCUUGAAACUCGGCGGCUACGGCUCCCAGCCUGGAAAGGCAGCUCGCUGGCGGGACUGACGCAUGGGCUGGAUGCAGAAGCUAGGGAGCAGAUCAGAGGGGCGAAAGACAUUUCAAAGCAUGCUCAGCAAGUCAAGGUCAGGAUGGUCGACUCCACAUCAGGACCGGAACUAGUCUUGUCCAACAGUGCGGACUCCGUGAAUAAGAUCGAUGGCCCUCUGGACUCAAGCAGUGGAUGA